GAGAGAUGAGUGGUGCUGGAAUGGGUAGUUCUCCGUGGAUCGCUGGGACUUUCAAUCUUUUGUCAUCAACGCCAUAUUCUGCAGAGUCUUCAAAAUCGCCAAAUAAAUCUCAAUGCAGUAGCAGCGCCAGAAGACGCCCGGCAUAUUGUAAAUUUUCGUUACCAGCGAAUGAUCUCAAAUUUGUUCUUCAUGACGCCCUUCAAUCUUCUGGCCUGGACACCACGCAUGCCCGAGCAGCAAGGAAUGGUUUCUGCCAGCAGAUUCAAAAAUUAACUGACGUGGAAAGAGAAACUAGCAUUAGUAUAAAUAGAGUGGUUGAUUUGGGGAAGACAGCUCUUCAUGUGGCAGCGGAGGAUGACUCCCUCAUAUCACAUUCUUCUGUUCCACUUCCGGUCGAUGAUUUUAUUGACAGAUUGGAUGACCUUUCUAUGGGCUACUGCUCGCACUAUGGCUCUUCCUUCAGAUACCCGCCUGAGAAAUUUCUUGAGUGUUUGGAUAGAUACUUGUACGUAGAUAAAGGUUUUCAGAGAUCUAAACAUAGUCAAGUGGAGCAGCGUUCUCUGUAUCUGCACUCAGUUUUGACUCAUCGUUCAGGUUCGGCUUCUAUGCUGUCACUUAUAUAUUCAGAGGUCCUAAAAAUGCUUCGCUUGUGGGGUAUGGUGAAUUUUGAUGUAGAGGUUUUCUUCCCUCACGAUUCUCAUAGUUCUCCAAGAGGCUAUCACAAACAGAAAAGCAGGGAGGGUGAUCAAUUACAUAUUAUGACAUCCCAAUCUUUAUUGGUGGAGAUUUUGAAAGACUUAAAAAAUGCAUUUUGGCCUUUUCAACAUGAUCCUGCUAAGAGCCUUUUCUUUAGGGCAGCUCAAGCUGCUAAUUGCGAUACGUCCAACAGUGUUGAAGAAAGUGCAUUAAAGAUUGCAUCAGCAAAGGCUGCUCAGCAUAGGCUACUGCGAGGUGUUUGGACUAGUGUUCGGUUUGGGGAUAUGCGACGUGCACUUGCUGCAUGUGAACGUCUUAUCCUUCUUGAAACUGACCCAAUAGAGCUCAGAGACUAUGGAGUUCUCCUCUACCACUGUGGGUUUUAUGAGAUGGCACUCCAGUAUCUCAAGUUGUUUCAGGAUAUACAGAAAUCUUCCAAACAGGAGAAAUCAUACCAUCCCUUCCGUGAUCUGGAGGAAGAAGCUCUAGAGAAACUAAUAAUUCGCCUUGAGCUCAUUAAGAUGGAGGAGGAUUGGUCAAGACCCUCAGAACGCACAAGUUUCCUCUCCAACAACUCUGAACCUUGGUAAUUUUUUGCUGAAAUCAUUUCCUUGAGCAUAUGCUGUACAAGGAAUGUCAUGUUUAUGGUGAUACAACUGGUAAAGACUGCAAGGCUGCCUUUUUAACUUUUUUUUUUUGGUUGUUCUUGAGGAAAAAAAGAAUAUUUAGGUUUGCGAUUCUCGCUUCUUAGUUGGAUGGGCAGUGUAUAUAGUUCUAGAGACUUGUAAUAGACCAUGUAGUUUGUAUACUGAGUAUGCUUUUUGUAAAAGGAUCAUCAUGUAUGGUGUACAGCCGAAUUGUUUGGAAAUUGUACAUUGGAUCAACUGAACAAAAAUAUUAAGAGAUCAAUUUACCUUCAUUUCUCUGAAA